AUGUCAACAAAGCUAUUAAACCGUCGACAAGCCCGUUGGUCGGAAUUUCUUUCACGUUUCGAUUUCGUCAUCCAAUUUAGACCAGGGAAACAAGGGGCAAAGCCGGAUGCAUUGACUAGGAGGUCGGGUGACCUACCUAAGGAGGGGGAUGAACGGUUGACGCAUCAAAGCCAGGUGGUUUUGAAGCGAAAAAAUUUGGAUUCAAAGCUAAGUUUGUUCGCGGGUUCUUUUUCAAAUGAAUCCGCUGAAGGAAUGUCCACUGUAGAAGAGUUGUUUUUAAAUGCUUACCAAGUUGACAGUUUCCCGAACAAAGUACUUGCAAUGCUUCGGAACGGCGUCCGUCACUCGAAUAAGAUUUCGCUUGCCGAAUGCACGGAAGACAAUAACGGUCGGCUACUUUAUCGUGGCGCACUCUAUGUACCGGAUGACAACGAUCUUCGGCUAAGGCUCCUAAAGGAACAUCAUGACAAACCAUCGGCAGGCCAUCCAGGCAGAGCGAAGACUUUGGAACUCCUGAAUCGAGAGUACUACUGGCCACAGAUGCGAAAAUAUGUCGACCAGUACGUUAGGAAUUGCAAUGUGUGUGCCCGUAGCAAGGCAUCACGCAAUGCACCUUAUGGGGUACUUCGACCUAUGCCAAUAUCCGAUGGACCAUGGAGGGACGUAUCAAUGGAUUUCGUCACUGAUCUUCCGGAAAGCGAUGGAUAUAAUGCGAUAUUGGUGGUAGUGGAUCGACUAACUAAGAUGUGA